AUGAAUGUUCAAAGAGUGAGGAUUGCACACGACUUGCAUGUGUGGAAAUACAUAUUAAAGAUGAACCCCUUGAAGUGCUCCUUUGGAGUUUCAGCAGGAAACUUCCUAGGGUUUUUGGUUCAUCAAAGAGGCAUUGAGGUUGACAAGAAUAAAACCAUUGCCGUUCUUGAAGAACAACCUCCUAGCAAGAAGAAGGAACUGCAAAGAUUCCUGGGGCAUAUCAACUUCCGUAGAAGAUUCAUCUCCAAUCUUACUGGGAAAGUCCAAGUAGAGUAUGAAGCAGUCAUCAUUGUACUGGAGAUCAUCAAAGAGCCUAGAUCCAUGAACCAUCGAAAUCCUUGGAGAUUCCCAAUUGGUGAUCAAUCACUUAGGAGAAAGCUUCUAGAAGACUUUGACGAUGCAAUCGUAUCUCAUGUUCCAAAGAGGUUCAAUACAGAAGCAAAUGAGCUUGAUCAGGUGGCCACAAUAGUCAAGAUUUCUCAAAGAGUCUAUGAUAGAACUAUCAUAGUACCGAGGAGAUUAUUGCCUUCUGUUAAAAGAAGGGCACUUGUUGAUCUAGACACGUUUUAUGUGGAGAUUUUAGAAUUAGAUUGGAGACAUUCUUUGAUUUAG